AUGCUGAUGCCAGGGCACUUCUGGCUGCUCCUGAUACUGCUCUUGGGGGACUCAAGCACAAGUGUCUCGCACAAGUUCUACAAACCUGGGUCUGUCUUCAACUGCCUCAACACAGCCUUGUGCAAGGUGCAGAAGAACCAGAGGGAGGAUAUUCCCCUUCUAAGUAAGCAUAGCUUCCACUACCUUCCCAGUCAAGACCAGUCUCCCAGAGAGGAGAAAGAGGAGGAAAAAGAAAAUCUGGACAAGGAAAAAAGGACUUUCCCUGGCUCUGGGGGUGGAGGUGGUGCUGGAAGCACCCGGUACAAAUAUCUGCCACAAGCACAGCACAAAGGGAAGCUGUACCAGGACAAAGGCAAAAGUGACCAACGCACCAAGUUCACACUAUCCCUCGAUGUUCCUACUAACAUCAUGAACAUCCUCUUCAACAUCGCCAAGGCCAAGAACAUGAAAGCCAAGGCAGCUGCCAAUGCUCACCUGAUGGCACAGAUUGGGCGAAAGAAGUAGAUGCAGAGGCCCAGCAGGAAAGCAGUACAUCAAGACAGAGGACAAGGGCAGAGAGUAAAGUUGGGAUGGAGGCUGUAGCAUCCAGUUGGUGUGAAUUUAAAUGAGCCAUCCAAUUUCAAGGGUUGCUUCACUGCUGAGCCCCUUGCAUCUUUUCUUGCAGCCAAUCCAGUUUUCCUUCUCUGUACAAAGGCACAAAAGUUCAGUAUUGUUUAACAUUUGCAAAUAUUAGAUGUUAAUGUCUCUCUCUAUCUCCUUUCUUGUUUCUCAUGGCAAGAGGCAAAGUUCAUGCAUUCCUCCCCUCCAGAUUUGUCCCUUCUGGCCACAUGCCUGAGAAGAGAGAGUUCAGAGUUCUGCUUCUCUCAAUGCAUCAACUCCCACCAUGAGGAGAUACUCUGUCACCAUCUUGUCAACAAAUC